AUUAAGUGGCUUAGAUAGCUGUUGAUCCAAUAUUAACUGAGCUCUGUAAGCCCAAGAAACCUUUUGCUUUCUUCACCCAAAUACUCUAAUCCGCGGUUUACGAUUUGCAAAACUGGGUGGAAGCAAAAUCCGAGACUGGUGUGUGAUUCGAUAGCCCCAGAGGCCCAGACCAACUGACCAAAGGCAAGAUGGAUCCAGAUGCAGUCAAAUCCACUCUCCAAAACCUAGCAUUUGGAAAUGUAAUGGCCGCUGCUGCCCGCAAUUACCAGAAGGAAAUUAUCGCCGAAGGAAAAGCUCCGGCCACCAGCUCCGCCGAGCAGGAGGUCGACCUUGACGACCUCAUGGAUGAUCCUGAGCUGGAAAAAUUGCACGCGGAUCGAAUUGCAGCUCUCAAGAGAGAAGCUGAGAAGAGGGAAGCUUUGAAGAGGCAAGGGCAUGGAGAAUAUAGGGAAAUUACUGAGGGGGAUUUCUUAGGUGAAGUUACUGGGAGCGAGAAGGCCAUCUGCCACUUUUAUCAUAGAGAAUUCUAUAGAUGCAAGAUAAUGGACAAGCAUUUGAAGACCCUUUCUUUAAAGCAUGUUGAUACCAAGUUCAUCAAACUGGAUGCCGAGAAUGCGCCCUUCUUCGUCACCAAGCUAGGAGUCAAAACUCUGCCUUGUGUCAUAAUAUUCAGAAAAGGAGUUGCUGUGGAUAGGCUGAUUGGAUUUAUUGAUAUGGGUGGAAAAGAUGAUUUCAGCACAAGGGCACUUGAGGUUGUCCUAAUCAAGAAAGGUAUAAUUAGUGAGAAGAAAGAAGAAGACGAAGAUGAUGAUUAUCUUGAAGGUGGUCGCAGGACAGUGAGAUCAUCUGUGAAUCAUGAUUCUGAUUCAGACUGAUUAGGAUAAUAGAAUUUUCAAAUGCUUUCAGUUGUAUGUUUGUAUACUUCUGAUUUAUGUCUUUUCUUUUGGAGAAACAUAAUUACAUUGGAAAUGUGUUCUUCCAGGCUUGAAUAGAAAAUGUGUUUCCAAUUUCCUCCUUAA